UGGAUCCACCGCGUUCGCCCAACCUAGCAAGGCCUAUUUCACACAAUAUAAUUUUUAAUAGUAUAUCACUAUCUGCUUAGAUGUAUCUAUGAAAAUCAUAUCUAUAUAAAAGCCAGACGUAAAUGUCAACAUAAUUUCAACACUACAAGAACCUCUCAUAUAUAUUUUUUGGAUUUUUACAAAUUAUUUUUCCUAAUCAGUAAUAUUUAAAAAUUGAUGUCUCAUCGCUCCAAGGACAUACAUCCCCAACAAUUCACCCAUAAUGACUAAGCAGUUUAAGUAGUUGUAGUCACAGGUGAGUGAAGCUUCCUAGGAGUAACGCCUGUUAAUACUUAGGAGUUGUAAUUUGCGCUUUGACGAUCAUGGCCAACCGCUUCUUUGAAGGAGCUGCUCACGCUGCUGCCUAUGCCAAAUUUAGACCUCAUCCGCCCCUUUCACUGGUGGAACGGAUUGUGUCCUUUGCAAAAGAAUCGAUUUUUAUGAACAAAAAUGGCAUCACAAAAAGACUAACGCAAGCAGAACCCCUAAAGGCUGCAGCUGAUGUAGGUUGCGGAUCUGGCCAGAGCACAGAGCUUCUGAGCCCUUAUGUCAAAGAAGUGACAGGCCUGGAUGUUUCGGAAGCCCAGGUCAUGGAAGCAAGAAAAUUAAACAAGUAUCCUAAUGUCUCCUACAAAGUGAGUCCAGCAGAAACAUUGCCCUUCUCUGACAAGAGCUUGUCCUUGGUAACAUCUUGCCAGGCUUGCCACUGGUUUGAUAUGCCAGCCUUCUAUAAAGAAGUUGAUCGUAUUCUUGUGCCUGGUGGAAUCUUAGCGUUGUAUGGAUACCUGUUCCCAAAACCAAUUCAUGAGAAUUCUGGGGAUGAGCUGUAUAGCUUAAUUGACCAU